CCUCAUAUAUAAGCUAACCCUCAGGCAGGCCUCUUCUCCAAGCAAUCGCUCAAGUUCACAAAAGCAUUUUCUUACUUCUGCAUUCUGAUCAUAAGAAAGAUGGUUCUCUCAAAGACGGCCUCAGAAUCCGAUGUAUCAGUUCACUCCACGUUCGCCUCUCGCUACGUCCGCAGUUCGUUUCCCAGGUUUAAGAUGCCAGAAAACUCGAUACCAAAGGAGGCUGCUUACCAGAUAAUAAACGACGAGCUGAUGCUGGAUGGGAACCCAAGGCUCAACCUCGCAUCUUUCGUGACCACGUGGAUGGAGCCUGAGUGCGAUAAGCUCAUCAUGGACUCCAUCAACAAGAACUAUGUCGACAUGGAUGAGUACCCCGUGACCACUGAGCUCCAGAAUCGUUGCGUAAAUAUGAUAGCACAUCUUUUCAACGCACCACUUGGUGAUUCGGAAGCCGCAGUGGGUGUUGGAACAGUGGGAUCUUCGGAGGCGAUAAUGCUAGCAGGCCUUGCAUUCAAGAGGAAGUGGCAAAACAAGAGGAAAGCCGAAGGGAAGCCUUAUGAUAAGCCCAACAUUGUCACUGGGGCCAACGUUCAGGUGUGCUGGGAAAAGUUUGCAAGGUACUUCGAGGUAGAACUGAAGGAAGUGAAGCUGAGAGAAGGCUACUACGUGAUGGACCCUGUCCAAGCCGUGGAACUCGUGGACGAGAACACCAUCUGUGUAGCUGCAAUUCUUGGUUCAACACUCAACGGUGAAUUCGAGGAUGUGAAGCUCCUGAAUGAUCUCUUGCUCGAGAAGAACAAGGAAACUGGGUGGGAUACUCCGAUCCAUGUCGAUGCUGCCAGUGGCGGAUUUAUAGCUCCUUUCCUUUACCCCGAGCUUGAGUGGGAUUUCCGGCUUCCCCUGGUGAAGAGCAUCAACGUCAGCGGGCACAAGUAUGGUCUCGUUUAUGCUGGCAUUGGGUGGGUUAUCUGGAGGAGCAAAGUGGACCUCCCUGAGGAACUCAUCUUCCACAUCAACUAUCUUGGAGCCGAUCAACCCACCUUCACUCUCAAUUUCUCGAAAGGUUCGAGUCAAAUAAUUGCACAGUAUUAUCAAUUGAUCCGCUUGGGACAAGAAGGCUACCGCAAUGUGAUGGAGAACUGUCGCGAGAAUGCAAUGGUGCUGAAGGAAGGGCUGGAGAAGACUGGGCAUUUCAACAUCGUGUCGAAGGAUGAUGGGGUCCCGCUGGUGGCCUUCUCCCUCAAGGACAACAGCCGCCACGAUGAGUUUGAGAUCUCCGAGAUGCUGAGGCGGUUCGGUUGGAUCGUGCCAGCCUACACCAUGCCUGCGGAUGCACAGCACAUCACUGUGCUCCGCGUGGUGAUCAGGGAAGACUUCUCUAGGACCCUCGCUGAGCGCCUUGUGAUCGACAUCACCAAGGUGAUCCAUGAACUUGACGCCCUCCCGGCCAAGGUCAAGGCCAAGAUGAGUGCCUCGCAAGAAAAUGGAAGGAAUGGCGUAGUCAAGAAGACCGAGAUGGAGACGACGAGGGAGAUUACGGAAGCGUGGAAAAAGUUUGUCCUGGCUAGGAAGACUAACAAGAACACGAUAUGUUGAAUUGACUGAAGAAGUUGUCUGCCCCGACCGUAUUAAUUCCUUGGCUUUUUUUUUUUGGGUGGUGCUUCAUUCUUGGUCAUUUUGGAACUAGUGAGCCCACCAUUUUAAUGAUGAAUAGUAUUCCCAAUACUUUGGGAUCGUUUGUCCAAUGAAUAAUUCGAUUAGUGUGAUAUUCUUGGUUAUUAUAUGAAUGGAGAAGGAUGAGUCUUCUCUCUUGUUGUCUA